AUACAAUAUCUUGCAAAGAACUGCUGAACUAACUGAAAAUUCUCAAACUGUGUGGUUACACAAAAAGUGUUUUUAAAAAAGCCAAAUCAGCGGUUUAAAGAAAAUAAUCACUAAACUGCUAAAAAUAUUGUGAAAACAACCAAAACUACAAAUAUUUUUGGCAAACAUGAAAAUGGAUAACUUAACGCCGAAAAAACACAACACACAAUCAACAACUCCUCUCAAAUCUACACCCGUUACAUCAAUGUCUACCCCAAAAACCACUCCCCCAUCGCCACACCACGUCGAUAACAAACUCUCAGCGGAGUCUUCGACGACCGACAGCAAAACACCUAAAGUCAAAUCAACAUGCGAUCUUAAGACAACACGCAGAUUUUUGAGUUGCAUAGGCAAGCACUUGGGUUGUUCCUUCUUGCAACAAAAUCCGCGUCAUCUCCCACAAAAGCAACUUCAUUCGUAUGUGUACAACAGUCAAGAUGAUUUACCCAGCUCUUCGACAGAUUCAUUCUCACUGAGCUAUGAGCGUGGCUCCCGCAUAGGAUUUCACCUCACCGGUUCAAAUAUUGAUCUGAGUUACAGUGGCGCUGAUAAUCUGGUACAAGAGUCGAAAAACCAAAAACAGCGAAAUCAUCAUCAACAGCAAUCGCAGCAUGCCUCGCGUUACACCCUCUCCUCCUCAGCGUACAGUGGUUUAUCAUAUUCGCCUGCUUUCUGUCCAUUCGACGUUGAUUGUUUGGGGGAUGCCUACAACGGUGAUGGUGAUGAUGAAGCGGAUGUAUGUUCUUCGUUCAAAAUGUACCGCCAGCAUCAUUCGUCCGAUGUCAAUGUGGCGCAUAGUUUCAGCUCCGGCCAAAAUAGCGAUACGAAUAGCAGCGAUGAGGAUGAUGAGAAUUCAAAUCACAAUGAACGUUGUGAGCAACAACAAAAGCGCAAAUGUACGCGUGAACAUCACCAGCAACAUCACGGUCAGCAAAAGCAGUCCAGUUCACAUAGGCGUCUGCAUCUUAGCCGCAUGUCUAUUGCUUCGUCGGUGACACGUAUGUUGAGCCAUUUCAUCAGCAGCCCGUCGAUGAGGUCGUUGUCGUGCAGCAGCACACCGCUACGCUGUUUCAAGGAUGUCAAACCGAAGGAAACCGAUGACGUAGUAAAUUUGAAUGACAAAAAUAAGAAGCACAGUUUGCCAGAAAUGUUAUCCUCCUCGUCAAGUCGCAGCAGUGGAAAUAGCAGCAGCGGCGACGGUAAUGCCAGUGCUAGCAGCAAUUCCUCCAGCAGUAGCAAAAAUAACAAUAAUCGCAACGGCAGCAGCAGCAGCAAAAAGAAGGAGAAGAAGCAGCAGAGCAUACUGCGACCACCUGUGCAUUAUGUCUACAUGAAGGGCAUGUCCGGUUUGUACUCGCGUGUGCCGCGCUACACUGUCUGUUCACCCUAUGCAAUGCAUUAGAGGGAUAGGGCGGGCGGCGUGCGCAGCAUUGCAACGAAAGCAGUGAAUGUAAACGUGAAACAAAGGAACUUUGAAUCAACGUAGACGUAUCGCAAAAGAGGCUGAUUAUCUAAGUAAUGUAAUUAUAGACACUUCUAGCUUUGGAGAAAACGAAAUGUUUUUCACGUAUACAGUAAAAGACUUGUAAAAGAUAAUUGCAUUAGAUGCACACAUGUACAUAUAUAUAAGUAUGUACAUAUGGCUGUAGUUAUACAAGAAGUUAUGCCUAAGUACGUAGCUAUAAGCAGGAAAGGAUUCGGAUUUGUUUAAGCUAAAAUCAAAAGUAUUAGAAAAAGCUGUGCCUCGGGUUAAUGGUUAAUGAAAUGUUAUAGAAUAUAGUUUGGUUAAUUUGGCAUAAGAAAAAAUUAAGCAAAAAAAACGAAAAAUAUAUAAAAAAUAAUAAAUUGUAAAAAUUAAUAUAAAAAUAAAAAGAUAUUCAGUGUACGUAGCGAUGGUAGUCAAACUAUUUUAGAUUUAGCAAAUUAAAUGUAAAGCUUAACAAAUUUCUUCCACGUAUAUAAAACUGCUUAUUUCCAGAAAACAAAGUGGUAAAAAAGUAUUUAAAACUCUAUUAAAAAGGCACUAAAAGUUCAAAGUAUCUUCCAAAAUUACAAGGAAAAGUAUUAAACUAUUAAAUAGUUAAAAAACGAAGCUUAUUUAUUUGAUUAUUCUAAAA